UCCCAGCUCUCGUUCUUUCGAAAAUACAGUAUUUAGAGCACGCAACGCUAAGUAUACAGGAGGUUAAAUAUCGCUUUACCACUGCAUUUUGCAAUGAAGUUCACCCUCACGCUCCGUUGGGUCAACUGUAUAGUCAGAGUAUAGUGUCGAGAAAUGCAUUAUGGGAAAGAGAGAACCAAUGCUUGUCUGUUGUUGAGGGGUUAAGCUCUCAUUUAAUCAGGCACUUUUUCCGUGGGAUUAGUAAAAUGUUCACCUAGGAAUUGGCAAGAGAGUGUUUGAAUUAAAAACCUCAUAGUUAGCCUGUAAGGUGCUCGACCCAACUCUGCAAUUGUCACUAAGGUGGUUAAUAAAUAAUAGCUCCCUAGUUAGGUACAACUAGCUAGGUGGUUAGCUUAAUAAGCUAUUCACAAUGCCGAAUUUUUGCGCGGCCCCGAACUGUACAAGAAAGAGCACUCAAUCCGACUUGGCAUUCUUCAGGUUUCCAAGAGACCCUGAAAGAUGCCGACUGUGGGUGGAGAAUUGUCGGCGUGCUGACCUGGAGACCAAAACAUCCGACCAGUUGAACAAACAUUAUCGGCUGUGCGCUAAGCACUUUGAACCAGCGAUGAUAUGCAAAACAAGCCCAUACAGGACAGUGCUCAGAGAGACGGCCAUCCCUACCAUAUUCGACCUGACCAGCCACCUGAACAACCCCCACAGCAGACACCGGAAACGCAUCAAAGAGCUGACAGAAGACGAUAUUAGAAGAAUCAAAGAAAGGAGAUUGGAGUCCUCCAUUGAACAGCUGCACUCCAAAAAGGACAAGGUGGGGGACGAGGCAGAGGCCGGUGAGGACGCCCCCCAGCUGACUCCAGAACAGAGGGAGCAGCGCGAGUACCUGAAGUCUGUGUUCGAGAUCCUGCUCCUGAUGGGCCGGCAGAACAUCCCUCUGCGGAGCCUCGUGAGCAGCACGGAGGACGCCGCCGCCGCCUUCACCCCCAGUAACUUCCAGGCUCUGCUGGAGGCGCGGGUCAGCGCCGGGGACGAGGUGCUGCGGCGGCGCUUCGACGGCGCGUCUGUGAACGAGGAGUACUUCGCCGAGGAGCAGCUGCAGAUGCUGGAGUUCUGCGAACAGGGCGUGCGCGAGAACCUCCUGCAGGAGGUGCGGGAAAGCUCCUUCUUCUCUCUGGUCACGGCAGACCUGGUGGAGUUCCCCGGCGAGACGCGGCUGCCCGUCUUCCUGCGCUUCGUGGACCAGGCCAGCGCCCUGCGGGAGGAGCUGGUGGAGUUGGUGGAGCUGGAGACGGACGGGGAGGCGAUGGCGGAGCAGGUGGAGGCCCUGGUGACGCAGCGCUGGGGCCUCAGCAUGGAGCACUGCCGCGGCCAGGCACACUCCGGCUCCGGCGCCUUCGCCUGCCAGAUCAAAGCCGUGGCUAGCAGGCUCUCCGACAAGUACCCCAUGGCCGUGCACACCCCACAGUCCUCCACCGCCCUCAACGUCCACCUGGCCAACUGUGUUCCGCUCACGGCCGUCAGGGUGGUCGUGUCCAUGCUGGGGAAGAUCCACGCCUUCCUCCAGUCCACUCCGGCGCUGCAGCGCGAGAUGGACCGGGUCAUCGACAUCCUCUUCCAGGGGAACCUGGAGAAGGCGGAGGUCCUGAAGCAGGCCUGCCUGAGCUGCUGGAGCACCAUGCACAACCUGUUUGAGGUGGCCAUGGAGCUCCUGGAGCCCCUGAUGCUCUGCAUGGACAGCCUGUACGAGAACGAGGACAGGACGUGGAACGACCGGGUCACCAGCGACGCCUUCUCCAUCUCAGAAGCUUUGUCGGACUUUGAGUUUGUAGUGACGCUGGUGAUCCUGAAGAACACCCUCUCGUUCACGAGAGCUUUUGGCAAAAACCUGCAGGGGGAGACGCUCGACGUGUUCUUCGCUGCCAACAGUCUGACAGCAGUGUUGCACUCCCUCAAUGAGGUCAUGGACAAUAUUGAAGUCUACCACGAGUUCUGGUUUGAGGAGGCUGCCAACCUGGCCGCCACAAUGGGCAUCUCCGUGUGUGUUCCCCGCGUCUUCCUGCUCAAGCAGCCCCCCACUGACAUAGUGGAGAUCCAGCCGGAGGCGUACUUCAAGGAGUACCUCACCCUUCCCAUCAUGCAGUUCAUCAUAAAGGAAGUGAAGGACAUCUUCUCCGAGAACCACCUGAAGGCGCUGAAGUGUCUGUCCCUGGUCCCGGCGGUGAUGGGCCAGAUGAAGUUCAACACGUCGGAGGAGAGUAACGCGCACGUGUAUCGCAGCGACCUGCCCAACCCCGACACGCUCCCCGCCGAGCUGCACUGCUGGAGGAUCAAGUGGAAGCACCGCGGGAAGGAGGUCCGCCUGCCCGCCACCAUCCAUGAGACGCUGCAGCUGUCCGACGUCAAGUUCUUCCCCAACGUCAACGCCUUCCUGAAGGUUCUGUCCACGUUGCCGGUUCUGAAGCCGGAGGACAGCUCCAGAGAGACGUCCCAGCAGCGGCUCCAGGCGUACCUGGGCCACACGCCCGUCCGCAGCAGGUCCAGAAGCAUGGCCAUGCUCCACGUGAACUACCACCUGAUCAGUGACUUGGACCCCAUGGUGGACCAGUACACCAAGCUGCACUUGCAGGACGACAGUGAAAACGACACACUUUGAAACGAGAGAGAGAGAGCUCUAGAUACUAUGCUCAACACACAACACAACCAAAGGAUUUACACACAAUGGACACGGACAGAUUUUGUUUGUGUGUGUGUGUGUGUGAUAAAAACAGGGAAAAAAUUGUGUUGAUUGAAAUAAUGGUUCAAGUGUGUUUUGGGUAAUAAUGGCUCCUGUGACAAUAAACUAUUUGCAAAUGUGCCAUGAUUGUAAA